CACCAAAUUUUAAAUCGCUCUCUCCUCCCCACCCCACUUGAGCAGUGUGGGGGAACUCAACAGCUUCCGGCGAUGGCAUAUCGAACGGACGGAUUACCGGUAGACCCUUGGAGCGGCUUCUGCCCCUCCAACUCCAUAUUCUACAGCAAGCGCAAGCCCGUCCCCCUCCCCUCCGACCCCCACCUCGACGUCACCACCUUCCUCUCCUCCCGCCGCCACUCCGGCACCACUGCCCUCAUCGACGCCGCCUCCGGCCGCCGCGUCUCCUUCCCCACUCUCUGGCGCUCCGUCUCUGCCCUCGCCUCCGCCCUCUCCUCCCGCCUCUCUGUCCGCAAGGGCCAGGUCGUCCUCCUCCUCUCCCCCAACUCCAUCCACUUCCCCGUCGUCUCCCUCGCCGUCAUGUCCCUCGGCGCCGUCCUCACCACCACCAACCCCCUAAACACCCCACAAGAAAUCGCCAAGCAAAUCUCGGAUUCCGACCCGAUCCUGGCUUUCGCGACCCGCCCCUUCGUCGGAAAACUCCCCCGCGACCGCGAUUUCCCCAUCGUCCUCCUCGAGGACUGCCGGAUCUCCGGCGAUGAUGGCCGCAUCCGCUACACGAUCGAGGAAUUGACGGCGAUGGAACCCGAUCUCCGGCGCCGGCGGGAGCUGGUGAGCCAGGACGACACGGCGACGCUCCUGUACUCGUCCGGGACCACCGGGACCAGCAAAGGCGUGGUGGCGACCCACCGGAAUAUGAUCUCGAUGGUCCAGAUGAUCCUAAACCGGCUCAAGCUGGAGGAGGGCGGCGGCGCGCUGGAGACGUUCAUCUGCACCGUCCCGAUGUUCCACAUCUACGGUCUGGCGGCAUUCGCGACGGGGCUGCUGGGAGCUGGAUCGACGGUGGUGAUCUUGUCGAGAUUCGAGUUGGGGGAGAUGAUCCGGUCGAUUGGGGAGUACGGGGCGACGUAUCUGCCUCUGGUGCCGCCGAUCCUGGUGGCGAUGUUGAACCAGGCGGCGCCGCUGCCGUUGGGGCGGCUCCGGCGGGUGCUGUCCGGCGGUGCGCCGCUGGGGAGGGAGGUGAUCGAGGGGUUCCGGGAGAAGUAUCCGGCGGUGGAGAUUUUGCAGUCGUAUGGGCUGACGGAGAGCACGGGGAUGGGGGCGUCCACGGACUCGGCGGAGGAGAGCAGGAGGUACGGAACGGCGGGGCUGCUGUCGCCCAACACGGAGGCCAGGAUCGUGGAUCCGGACACUGGUAUGUCCUUGCCGGUGAACCGCACCGGCGAGCUCUGGAUCCGAGGUCCCUUCGUCAUGAAAGGUUAUUUCAAGAAUCCAGAGGCGACGAGCACGAUGUUGGACUCAAAAGAGGGGUGGCUACGGACCGGAGAUCUUUGCUACAUUGACGAGGACGGGUAUCUCUUCGUGGUGGACCGACUCAAGGAGCUCAUCAAAUACAAGGGCUACCAGGUGGCCCCUGCAGAGCUGGAGGCACUAUUGCUGACCCACCCUGCGAUCACCGAUGCCGCCGUGAUCCCGUUUCCGGAUAAGGAAGUAGGCCAGUACCCAAUGGCAUAUGUUGUAAGGAAGGCUGGGAGACACUUGUCCAAGACCGGAGUGAUGGAGUUUGUAGCAAAGCAGGUGGCUCCUUACAAGAGGAUUCGCAAGGUGGCAUUUGUGUCAGCCAUUCCCAAGAAUCCAUCCGGGAAGAUAUUAAGGAAGGAUCUCAUCAAGCUCGCCACUUCCAAGCUUUGAUGGCUAUUUCUGCUGAGAGCACGUUGCACAUUCUGUGGGAGAAGACGACGUAAUAAGUGAGUGGUGGUUGUAUUGGAUGGCUAUUCAAGUUUGCCAUUCCAAGCUUAAAUAGAGCAUGGUUUUUUGUGUGGUAGGAUAAUAAAAGAUGCACUUUGGAGACAAUUUGUUGAGCUCAAUAUGUGUCGGAAGAAACAUAAAUGCUGAACUAAUAUCACUCGCGCAAAUAUAUCUUAAAAAUAAAGGUGGGCGCCUAUUAGGAUAGCAGUAAUGCUAUACUUGGGUGGGAUCUGGAAUUGUAAAUUUGUAUGAGCUAUUUGUGACCGGUUCAUGUUGAACUCAUAAUGAGCUUUUUUUUAUCAGUAAAGAAGCCAUGCAUGGGUACAUGUUUAGAGCUUGAA